ACACACAUGACCGAUACGGACAGGUCCUCAGAUCCUACAGAAGAAGAGAGUUCUAAAGAGAAUUGUCAGAGCCCAACUCUUGGAGGUGGUAUUUUGAAGUACAAGACCCGAUCUCAAGGGGCGGCAACUCGCUUAGAAUCUGUGGGAGAAGAUGAUGAGUUGACAGUAGAAAAUGGAGAUGUGAAUUAUGAACUACCAAUGAAAUAUUCCCGGGGAGGCAGAAAGCAUUCCUUACCGCAGCAUUUGGACACAGGAACCAGACAAGAAUACCACAUUGUUAAGAAAUCCACUCGUUCGUUGAGUGCAGCUCAGGUUGAAUAUCCGUGGCGACUUACCCAGCCAUCUAUUAUCUCCAACAUUGUUCUGAUGAAGGGGCAGGGCAAGGGUCUUGGAUUCAGCAUUGUGGGGGGACAAGAUUCUGCCCGGGGUCGUAUGGGCAUUUUUGUAAAGACAAUUUUUCCAAAUGGGGCUGCAGCAGCUGAUGGCAGGUUAAAAGAAGGAGACGAACUUCUAGAGGUUAAUGGGGAAUCAUUACAAGGGCUGACGCAUCAGGAGGCAAUUCAAACAUUCAAACAACUCAAGAAAGGUGUGGUGACUCUCACAGUACGAACCAGACUUCGCAGCCCAAGCCUUACACCCUGCCCAACUCCCACUUUACUCAGCCGGUCCAGUUCUCCCAGCUCCAGUGCCAGUGGAGCAGCCUCAUUUCCCAGUGGAGAAGAUGGAGAUACUUCCUCUUCUAGUCGUAAAGGACCUGGACCAAAGGACAGAAUCGUCAUGGAAGUCACUCUAAAUAAAGAACCUGGGGUUGGCCUGGGCAUUGGUGCUUGCUGCCUCACCUUGGAAAACAGCCUUCCUGGUAUAUAUAUUCACAGCUUGGCUCCAGGAUCUGUGGCUAAAAUGGAUGGAAGAUUAAGCCGUGGUGAUCAGAUCCUGGAAGCAGAUUCGGUCAGUUUGCGUCACGCAGCGCUGAGCGAAGCUUAUGCCAUUUUAAGUGAAUGUGGACCAGGCCCGGUUAGCCUUAUCGUUAGCCGACAUCCUAACCCAAAGGUUUCUGAACAGGAGAUGGAUGAAGCCAUAACACGAACCACCCACAGAGAAAACAAGGAUGUCUCUUCUCCUCAGUCCUCAGGAAACCUGCCAAAAAGUCCAUCUCCAGGCGUGAAGUCUAAACAGACAGAAGCUUCCUCGCCCCUGAGCUGGACAAUGAAACGUUUCUUGGAGCCGGCGAGUCGGCAGAGCUCCAUCAAUUCUGAAACGGAGCUUUCCCAAUACUUCUUACAAGAUGGGGCAAGCCAAUUGUCCCUCUCGGAGACUACAGUGACUGGAUCCAGUGAUGAAGAGCAGUUUCGACCCAAGAGUAGGAGCAGUUCCCUAGAAGAGAGUUUUCUUUCUUCUGGCCUUCCAGCUGCCAAAGAUUCCAGUCUGUGCAGUUCACCAGCUGUUGGCAGUGGCUCACCUGGUCCUCACAGCAAGCCAAGGGAGACAGCUGCUCGGCAUGUUAGUUUUAGCGACAGCCCCAAAGGGACCCAGUCUGCUUUCCAAAGACAGAGAAGGAUUGCCUUUUAUGAUGGAGAUGUGAGUGAUGAGGAUGACUUUACCAAACAAGAUGGAGUCUGUUUCCAAAGAGGAUCGAAGUCAAAAGGUCAAAGGAAAGGAGACAAUGACUGUAGUAUUUCCACUGCAGCUCCUUCAGCACAAAAUGGAGAUACCAGGCAGGAGAGAGAAUCUGCAACAAAUACCUACAGUGACUUAGCUGCCACCAGCUCUGGGAAUCUGAACGAGAGCCCUGGGGAGCAUACACCAGACACCCCUUUUCUUCUCGAUAAAGAACUUCAUCAUCUUCCAGAGCUUCAUCCAGGCUACUUGAAUGUGAAGGACUUUCGAGAGGAACAGCUAGAAUCUAAGAGGUCUCCUAAGCUAGAACAUAAAGCCGUCACUCGAGUGAAAAGCCUGAUGAGUAUUGAAUACCAUGGAAUCCCAAGGCCCAAGAACGAGGAACAUGGUGCUUGCAGCAGAGCCAGUGGGAAGGUCCUUCCAUCUAUCCAGAAGAAUGAAGCCCAAGAGAGUCCCCUAGAGCAGGGCCACGUGGAAUCAAUUACUUUAUCUCGGAAUGAAAACGAGUCCUUUGGCCUGGAUCUUGAAAUUCAUGCCAACCCUUUGCGCAUCGUCAUAACAGGCUUGCAACCAGGCGGAGCAGCUGAAAGGGCAUCCAUGGGAAGGAUGGUCCCGAGAGAUGAGAUCCUUUCUAUCAAUGGUAUCCCCAUCCGUGGAUUCUCUUAUGAGGAAGCUUGUCAAUAUGUAAGACAUCUUCCCACCUCCAUUACACUGGACAUCCAGAAAGCCAUUUUGCAGGCAGACGAGACAGUUCAGAAAGAAUCAAGCAGUGUUAUUGUGAUGAAAGAAGAAAGCAGCUUUGCAUAUGAGAAAGAACCUUUGGAAUCUCCUCUGGAUUGUAUGGCAGAAAGGACAGGAUUGGUGUCUGAUGCUAACACUAAGGUGGUACCAGCAGAUCCCUCAGAAAUCCACUCUAUACAAGACGCUUCUGUGGUACUAUUAGAAGAGAUUGAUGACUUCUCUGGCAAAAUGAAUUCCCCAGAAGAAAAAGAUGGUAACUGUUUAUUAGUCAAGAACAGACAUACCAAGGAAAAUAGUUUUGUGGUGGCAGAAGAAGCUCAGCCGAAUUCUGUAUCAAAUAUAAUUAAAAACGAUCUUGUAGGGAGAGCUGCAAAUUCUGUUACUAAUACACAAGAGACCUUGGUUUUUUCUGUCCUGGAUUCCAUUAAUGCAAGCAAAAUUUUAACUGUAAACCAAAGCUGUCUGAAUACCUAUUCAAGGAAUUUUAGCAGCCUUAGUGAUGACCAUUUGACUGAAAUUGAAACGAAAAGCAACACUAUUCCAAAAUCUAUGUACGCUGCUGCAGAAGAUUCUAGUUCAGACACAGAAUCCUUAGCCGAGAAUCCCGGAGACAGUUCAUCACUCUUACUAUCUGUUUGUGAUAAUCCUUUGGUAACCCAUAAACUAGUUGAAUCAGAUGAGGAGCAAAUAGAAAUUUGCAGUCUGAAUUAUGACCAACAUUGUAUUCAAAACCAGCUGGACACAUCUCCCAUAAAAUCAUCUCAUCAUCCACCAAUUUACCAUUCUUUGAACAACUGUUUGCAGGCAGAAAGCAAAACAGAAAUAGAUUCACCGGAAACAUCCCAUGGAAAAUUUACAUUAGAAAAAUCGCACUUCUCAAAAAACUCCAGUGCAGAACAUAUGGUUCCAUCAACAGCUUUUCAAUCUUCUCCAGAUGUUUCUCCACAAGGGGUAGACAAUUUGGAGCAGGACAGGCCAGUCUGCUCUUCCACUGAGAAUGGUUGUUCAAGGAGUAAAGGAGGAAGUAGCCUGCAGAACCAAGAAAAUUUAAUGGAAAUAUGUAAACAUUCUGUGCCAGAAAUACAUUCCUGUCCAACAGAAAAUAUCAGUAGUUGGGAAGACAACAUGCUAGGCCAAGAUGAACUGGAAAAACCCCAACAGUUGCAGGUAGAAAACGAUUUAGUGACGGACUGUGGAAGCAAUGUACUUGGUAGUCCUUCUGCUGUGACGGGAAAAGGAACCAGUGCUCCAUCCCAGUUAAGAAGAACAGACAGCUAUACUAUGAAGACUGCAAUACAAAAAAUAGUCAACAGUCCCAAAUCUCCCCUUUUGACCAAACCAAAACAUUUGGGCAGAGUCUCUUCUGCUCACAAUUUACUAGGAAAGACUGAAAAAGCCAACACUGUUAUCUCGAAACUCUCAAGUACCAAAACUUCGAAUUCUGCUCAGUGCAAGGGCUUUAGUGUUCCAUACAGUCCCUCUUCUUCCCCUAAAUUACAUCAUGAAACUAAAGGCACUCCGCAAAAGAGUACGGUGGAAACUCUUUCAAAUAAUCAGCAAAACAAAGCAGGGCCUAAAGGAAAGGCUCUUAAUAUUAAAAAUAAAUCCAGGGCUCAUUCUGAUGCUCUUGGCACUGCUCCUGCCAAAGCCGAGGGCGCUGAUCAAAAAAAGAUAACUCUCCCUGCCCAAAGUUCACCCAGGCUCCUUUCAAAGAAAGGUUCCUCACUCCAUAACUUAGCCACCCAUCUGGAACCGCCCAGCAGGAGUCUCUCUAUGGGUUCUAAGAUAUUUCAGCAGCAGGAGGAAGAUCAGGCCCCUUUACUGGGGGCUCAGACAUCCACUCUGCCUGUGUUGAACGGUGAGAGCAGCAUUAUGAAAAAUAAAGAUAAAUCCAUGAUCAAAUCAAAAUUUGGCAGGGCCGGAACAUCAGGAUCACCUAAAGUGGAAAAAGAAGCACAGGUCACCAAGUGGGAGGUUAUGAGCAAUGAAAAAUGGGGGAGAGCUAGCGCAGAUCAUUGUCCAACAAGAGACAGCCCUUCUCAGUCAAAUUCACCUUCUGAAGCCACAUCCAAGGCUUGUGGCCCGAAUGAUAGAACUGAAAACAGGGGGAUGAGUCUGAGUUUGAAUCCUGAUGGAUUGGAAAUGAAGCCAUUACAGUCUGACAAUGCAGGGCUUUUUAAAAAGGAGUCUUCUUGCUUUAUUUAUCCCCCUGCUCGGCAAGAGCAGCCCAGUCAGGAAAUUCAGCGCACUUUCAUUGAAGUAAGGUUAUCUUCCUCGUCCUCCUCUUCCUCCUCAUUAAUUCCUGAUUUGCCCCUAGAGAAGAAAGAAGAUGACAGUAAGACCAGUCAACUCAGAAGCGAAACACUGGAUUGUUGGCAGAGCACUUUCCACAAGGAAGAUGCUCUCAGAGCGUUAAAACCUGUGACAAGGACCUAUUCAGUGCCAGCACAAUUAUCCAGUCAUUUACGGGAAGACAGCAGGGAUAGAGAUCAACCAGCGCAUUGUGUCCAGGAGAUCUUAGGUAAUGUUUCGAGUGCAAACCCUUCUGACUCAGAGUUGGGCCUGCUGGAAAUUGUCCACCUCAGUCUGAGCAAUCAGGAUGCAAAAGCCACAUCUGCCGGCAUCCUGAAAUCAAACAGCGACGAUGGCAGUCCCGUUGCGCAAAAACUGAAAAAAGGCAGAAGGAAUUAUUAUUACUAUGAACUCAAUUGGCCACAUGAUCCCGUUUCUUCUUUUUCUGUAAAGCAGAGAAUUAAAUCGUUUGAGAAUCUGGCUAAUUUUGAUAGGCCUAUGGUCAAAUCCAUAGACCUCCACUCCACCUCCCUCAACUCUAAAUUGCCUGUUGGCCAAAGAUUGUCUGCCGUUUCAGCGACCAGCGUAAACGAUGCGGUCCAGGCCCUGCGACGGAGCUUGAGUUCGUACUGUGGAAGCGAAGUUCCAACUUCUCCAAGGAUCACCAGAUCUUCAACCAGUUCGACAUUAACAAACGUGCCGCAGAAUUUUCCCAAGAGCAGCAAAGAUGAUGGUCAGUUGGAGAAGAGUGGAAGACUUGCUUUGGAUGAACCAGGUAGCUUACCACCAUCUGCCACCAAUGUCCGAAGAAGCAGAGCCUCAGGGGGUCAUAUUAGACACAUGCCCUUGUCUCGUUCCAAACUCCGGGAGCUGAGAGCUCUCAGCAUGCCAGAUCUUGAUAAGCUCUGCAGUGAGGACUUCUCUGUGGAGUCUCAACCUUCACCCAUCAAAACUGAGUUGCAUCUUCCCACUGUUGUGAGAUCCCUUGAUGCUCCCAUUGAAAAUGUUUCCAGGCUGAAUGAAUGUUCAGGAUUAUCCAGUCCUGGCAUGACAAGCAGGCAACAUUCAAAAGAAACCAGUCCUUGGAAUAGUGGCUCUGGAACUCCUGGAUCAACAUCUGAUGAGGAAGGGCUACAGUACGAUGGCAGUCUGAAUAAACUGAACUCGGGGAAAAGCUGGUCUAUCAGCUUGGAUGAAUUGUUGGUUUCCUCUCUGGAUCAGCAGAAAUUGCAGUCUGUUUUAUCUUCGGUGACAACAAAAAACGAUGUUUCUUCUUUGCUUCAGGAAAUCAAAGCACAAGCAGAGAGCAAGGAAGAUAUUUAUUUUGUAGUCUUGAAUAAAGAGGAAGGUUCUGGCCUGGGAUUUAGCGUCGCUGGAGGAAUAGACCUGGAACAAAAAUCAAUCAUCGUCCAUCGGGUGUUUUCCAAAGGGGUGGCUUCCCAGGAAGGGAAAAUUCACCGUGGUGACCUAAUUCUUUCUAUCAAUGGCACUUGUUUGGCGGGUUCUGUCCAUGGGGAUGUCCUCAAUGCGCUCCAUCAGGCCAGGCUCCAUAAAUAUGCCAUCGUGGUCAUCAAAAAGGAGAAAGACAGAGGAAGGAGGCCUCCUCAGAGCAAUGAGAUGCCUACUUCUGAUAGGCCAACUUUGGUGGAUGCAGCCACGGGAAGUGAAGCAGGUCCAAGUGGGGAACUGAAUGGGGCCCUUUGUGUUGAACUUUUGAAGACUUCUGCUGGCUUGGGUUUCAGCCUGGAUGGUGGGAAAGCUUCAGUAUCUGGAGACAGACCUUUGUUCAUCAAAAGAAUUUUUAAAGGUGGUGCUGCUGAACAAGCUGGAAAACUGGAAGCGGGUGAUGAAAUUCUUGCAAUUGGAGGAAAAUCCCUGCUUGGACUCAUGCACUAUGAUGCGUGGAACAUCAUUAAAUCUGUCCCAGAGGGGCCCAUUCACCUGCUGAUCAGGAAGCAUCGGCCGCCAGAAUGACGGAUCCCGAUCUCUGAGUUCCACUUACCUUUUGAGCACAACCUUACCAGUUUUGUUUGCCAGGAGCUGGAAUGGUGGCAUCUGGGAUGUUAUUCUACUAGGUCAGAAUGGUUUAAUCAGUCGAGAAGCAUCAAGAUACAUAUGCAAGACUGGUAUCAAGAGUCAAUAUGGUCAGGCAGCUACCCCAUGUUUAGACCUCAUUGGAGGGCCUCUGGGCACAGUUUGGUUCUCUUAAUUGCAAUCAACUUGUUCACUGAGAAGAUAAAUAAACAAGAACUUAGCAACUCAUCAAAGCGGCUAUUGUCUGCACUGACUCUCUGGAAAGGAGGUGCAGCAGUUCAUAAAAAAUGAGAUAUCUUCAAUAAAUCCCCUAAACUUUGGAGCUGACCUAAGCAAGGAAUUGAUUUAAUGUGUUCUUGUUUUACAGAUGGUGUCUUUCUUUCCAUGCUUAUGGAAGGUGCCAUAAUUUCCCAACAGAUUACUUUCUUCUUACUGAAUUCUUACUCAAUCUUUGCCACUGACACCCAGAAGCAAUGCUUUGGGUUUAUGGUCUGCCCUCCCUCCCUCCCUCCCUCCCUCCCUCCCUCCCCCCCCUCUCUCUCCAGUACACCCAUGGACUGGGGGGAAGGAACAUAAGAUAUGAGAAGACUACAAAGGAGUGGGUGCAAAGUGCACCUGCCACGUAGCCUGAAUAGCUGAUACCAACUAUACAAAUCUAGAGCAAUAAGGGGGGGGGAGAGAGAAUCCCUGCAUUUUAUAAAUUAAAUCAAUGGCUGUUGGUGUCUUUUGCUUUUAAUGCCAAAGAUGGCACAAUGAAGUGUUUUGCAUUGGUUCUAUGGAAAGUUCGGUAGUAUACAGGGGGCAAAAGAGAGAGAGAUUGCAUUUGGUUUCUUAUUAUUAUAAUGAAGAGUUUUGGUAUCUUCUUUUCCAUCACUUCGGGUUAUUGUUCCCAGCAUUUGUAGCUCACUGAAGGUGAAGCUCUCGGAUUUAGUUCUGGGCAUCUCCAACUCAACCGUCUUGAAUAUCAGAACAUGCAGAGCUGGAAAAGGAUUUUGCCAAAGAUCUGGAAGAGCUGUUGCCCACUAGAACAGCACAUGCUCAGCUUAGAAGGACCAGUGGCCUGAUUUGGUGAAAGACUGCUUCAUAUAUUGAUCUGGAAGCCACCGGCCCCGCAAAGGACACCUCAGGUUUAGCCAUGAACUCAUUUUCAUGGUCCUUCUUAAACUCUUAUCACAAAGAGAAGUAUUUGCCGUAAAUUUUGUAAACUGAUAACUAUUUAUUGGGAAACGUACUAUGUAUUAGGAAACCUGAGUGUCUUUUAAAACGUCUGAAUGAUUUGAAUGUGUCUGUCUGAAAUUUUUACAUUUUGUAAAUCAAACUGAGUGAUGAAAUUGUCCAAUAUGGAUGACUACAAGGGUUUUCUAGAUAUACCAGGUAGUUUUGACUUCAGCUGCUUUUGUGGGUCCAGCAUGCUUUUAGUUUUAAAAAAAUGAGAAGGUCUGGGGAAAAAAUAUGUGUUUUCUAUUGUAGAGGUAAGAAUUUUUUCAAGGACCUGGGGAGCGCUAAUGAAAAUGUCUCAGCUGUCAAUAUUAAAUCACCAAACCUGGAUGUGACACUAUAUGUAGAUUGAAGAAUAGAUACAGGGAGAAAAUAUAAUAAUGGUUGUUUUUCUAGGACAGUUUAGUAGGGAUAUAAUGUUCAGUGUUUAUCAUCUAAAAUCACAGUUAUUGGCCUCUAGAAUUUAAAUUGGAAGAAUUUUAGAAAAAUAGAACUUACAUCUUCCUAAUGCCAAGGAAGAUACACUUUAUUAAAAUAAGGCAGUAAACCAAGAUCACAUUUUUACAGAAAGGCAUUCUUGAUUUGCCUAAAAUUGCAUUCAAUACUUUUGAGAUAAAAUGGAAGAAACCAUUGAUAAAGACAGUUUCAGUUGUGAAAGUAAAGAUUAUUUUAGUUGUGCUCUAUUCCUGAUUACUACUUGCAUGUAUCCUUUGUUUUUUGUUUUGUUUUGCAAUGGUAUGAAAUCAUUUGCUGUUACCCACUUCAUUUUUACUUCCUAAGGGUUUUUUUUAGCUUCUUGACUUUUCAUUCUAGUCUACAGCUUGUAGUUCCAGUGUUCCUCAUCACCAGGUCUGAUCUGCGUAGCUUUUUGAAGAACUCUCAGGUGCUGCCACCUCCUGUGACUUUCAAAACAAAGAGAAAACAAAUUACAAGUCCGGGCCUGAAAGUGUGGGUUUUCUGAAUUUCAAUUCUAUAUGGCCAUAACUUCCAAUUCUAUUCUAAAAUGUUGGUUUUAGCAGGUUUUUUGUGCCUCUGUGGUAGCAGUUUCUUAAAUAGACGGUUAAAGAGUCUGUGUGAUUGCACGUGUUCCCUCUAGAUUGUGGAAAAUGUGUAUGUAGUUCACAAUCUCAAAAUGAACAAAAAUUACUUUUAUUUACACACUUCAUCACAGUAUCACAUGCACUAAUUCUGAAUACUUCUACACAUAGUCAAAGCACAUGCCUGACAAAUCAUUUUAGUGGGGAAAUUAUUUUAAGCAGAGAGCUAAAUGAAAGGGAGGUUGGGGAGAGGCAGGUAUCAGCACAAAGCGGUAUGAUAAUCCUAAAAUAAAUUGGAGGGGGGAUUAGUUUUCAAGGAAAUGACAAAUAUUGGAAAUUAAUUAAAUAUAUAUAUAUAUUGUUCCUGUUGCCUUAAAUUCCUAUGUCACUAUCAAACCCUCAAUUCCAGAUUUUAAACACCAAAUGAGAUUUAUAUUUAUGACAAAACCAUUUACACCAAGCCAUAUCACCCUUGUGGUGAGUGGAUUUAUUUUGUAUAUUUAUUUGAAGCCACAUAUUCACAGGGUGGGGCUAAAAACAAUCAAAGUGGCAGCUGCAACCAAUGUGAUUCAAGCCCUAACCUCAUUUUUAGGUGCAUCAGGAUGUAUCUAAAAAGAGGCGGGGCUUUGCACAAGCACAAUCUCUUCCAUGAUUUUGGGGGAAACCUCUACAGACGACCCCAAUCCAUAUGGGCAUUUACAAGAAGUGCUUUCAGGAAAAAAAAUGCAUUUAAUGGAGAUUUAUUGCAAAUUGAUUGCAAUCCACUUUACCACUUUACCCUUGCUGGUAACAACAUUCAGCGUUUGAUCUAGUUAGCCCCUAACUCAAGUCAUAUCUUUUCCAGGACCUUGGACAGCUCACCAUCAUGCUAGGUCUAUCAAAAUCAUCAUUACAACCCGUUAGCACAAUUUUAUUCCACGGCCCUAUUCACUUUCUGCAGGAAGGACUUAGUAUAACACAAGCCACUUAAUGGGAUUGGCAAGGCAAGGCAUUAUACCAUCAGUCCCUUCCUUCUUGGUUAGGCAGGCAACAGAAGGUGGAGCUUGGGGCCCUGCAACCAAUCAAUGGUUGAGAGGUGUGUCCUGCAAAGGAGAAGUUUGUUGUUUCAGAAUCUCUGGGUUCAGUUUGUUUUUUCUCAGAGUUUGCAAUCUGAGGCUGAAGGGAGCUUAACCAACCAUCUUUGCCUCCACAUUAAUGUUUGCAUAAAAGACCAUUUCUGUAAAAUAUUUCAGCCUCCUUCCCCAACAGUCGUAAUUUGCAAUGGUCACAAAGUAGAUUGGUCACAUGACUGAUUUGAUUUUAUGACUUGUUUUACAGCAGUCAUUAAGCGAAUACCGUAGUAAUAAAGUGACCACCAUGGUCAUUAAGCUAACCCAAAGCUUCCUAGGGGCCAGUUUUGCCAAAACCCAGAAGUCAAUGCUGAUUUCCAAAAAAACCAUCAUCAAAUACAUUCAUGUGACCUCUGGACACCACAAAUGGCUGUAAAUGUACCCCAGUUGCCGGGUGCUUGAAGUGUGGUCAUAUGACCGAGGAGGGGUCUGACCAUCAGAACUUCGCAUUCAGAUAAUAAGUACCUUCCUCAGGUAAGUCCAUCUGAACUUCAAACAGUUGCUAGGCAACCGGUUGUAAGUUAAGGACUACCUGUAUCUUUAUACAGAAAUGAAUCGCCAUCUGUAAAUCUUCCUCAGCUUGCUCUUUCCAUUUUCUUUUUCCUGUUAAGAGUGAGUUACCCAAAAUUAGUGCCAUGCAGAAGCAUAGGAACUACAAAUACCAAAAUUCUGUAGCCAAUAUGGCCAAAGGGAUUCUGGUAGUAUGUAAUGCUGAUAUAACAUUAAAUUAGUAGGCAGCAAAAUUGAAAUCUAAGCACUGGCUGAUACAUUGCCUACCAUUGCACGGUUGGCAUGCUGGUAUUUCCUUCCAGAAUUGCUAGGAUAAAGGCAUCUUUAAAUUAAGAUGUUUUGUCUGCAACUUCGCCAUCAGUCACUUAAUCUAUACAUGAAAAGUGAACUUAAUGUAUUAUAAUUUUAUAAAUAUUAAUUUGGAAUCAUGACCAGGGUAUUCAGAAUGUAUUCAGACUGUGUAAGUCCAUCUGUUCUCCAGACACACAAGUUAAUUAUGUGAAAAAAUGAAUAUCGUUUAAAAUGUAUGAUUAAUUUUAUUUUUAUGCUGUCUUUUACCUUGCUCUAGACAUCAAUUAUCUAUCCCUGUUACUGAUGAGCUGUCAGCUUGAUAAUAAUAAUUUUGAAUUAGUGGAUCUGAAAUUAGCAUAUCGCAGAAACUGGGUGGAAUAUAUAUUUGUCGUGUCAUUGAAAGUGGCACCUUGUAAGGAACAAAUUGAGCAAGGGAGUUGUACAGUAACACAAUGGAAAGAUGGGAGAACUCAAAAUCACACCAUAGUUGAGGAGACAGUAAACAUCUCAUGGGUUAUAGAGAGCAAACUAGGUGCUUAGCAGAUUAAUUUCUACCUUUGGAACGUUUAUGUGAUUCCCAAUGGAUGAUCUCAGAGUUAGCCACCCAGACAUAAAUUUACUACCCCCUCUUACCCAGGUGUGUGUCAAAAAAGUCAAAAUGGCCUCCCAAGCACACAAUUAAAAUACCUGAUUCGUGUAAAAAAAGGGGCAGGGCUUGGUGUGAUUACAGCUGCCAUCUUUACUUUUUUGACUUCUCCUGGCAACACCACUGCCUCUUGUAUGAAACAGGCCACAAUUCUGUGUGAGUGUUUUUUUUUUAACUGCAACACAUUACUUCCAGUACGAUGUUGUAUAUUAACACAAUCGUUUUUAUAAAUAUGUCCUUUGUGUUCAGGUUAUUUUUAAAUGCCUUGUUGUAAAAAGAUAAGUGCAAUAAUGGACGUAGACUGUGUACCUUUCCAAAUGUGCUUUACUCCAAUUGUCUGAAUGAGCAUCUCUUUAAAAAAAAACAGUUUCACCACAAUUUUUUUAGUGACUUCUAAAAAUAAAUAAUAAUGUUACUUUA